AUGCUUUGUGCUAUCUCUUCCUCUAUCUCAUCUCCUAAUUGUUCCAGUCAUUUAAUCCCCUCGCACCAGCGCGUCCGUUUUACUAGCUUGUACUUUGUUGUCCACUCGGGUUUUAAUCACUUUUCCUAUUAUAAUAUUCGUAUAUGCACAAUUACAACACUCUCAUAUAAUAAUUAUUAUUAUUACUAUUACUAUUAUUACUGCUCUUAUUAUAAUAUUCGUAUAUGCACAAUUACAACACUCUCAUAUAAUUAUUAUUAUCAUUACUAUUAUUAUUAUUACUGCUCUUAUUAUAAUAUUCGUAUAUAUACACCUACAACACUCUUUUAUUAUCAUUAUUAUUAUUAUUAUGUUCAUUGUUACUGCUCUUAUUAUAAUAUUCGAAUAUACACACUCACAACACUCUCAUAUCAUUAUUAUUAUCAUCAUCAUUACUAUUAUUACUGCUCUUAUUAUAAUAUUCGUAUACACACACUGACAACACUCUCCCAUUAUCAUCAUUACUAUCAUCAUUACUAUUACUGCUCUUAUUAUAACAUUCAUAUACACACACUCACAACACUCUUUCCUAUUAUCAUUAUUAUUAUUACUAUUACUGCUCUUAUUAUAAUAUUCGUAUACACACACUCACAACACUCUCUCUUAUUAUCAUUAUUAUCCUCAUUUAUAUUAUCAUUACUAUUACUGCUCUUAUUAUAA